AUGGCCAACUCGAGACGUUUGGCGAGACUUUCCAAAGUCUAUGAUGACGUUUGCUCUGGAAAAGCACUCGUCAAGGAAGAGAAUGCUCGCCUUUUCCUUGAAGCAAUAUAUUCACAGUCCGACGUUACUGGUCUCAAUGCCCUACAAACUGCUCUGUUUUCCGAAGCUACGCCUGACUUCUUCAACGAUCCUGUCAGCAAGCUGUGCUUAUUCCUCUCCAGCCCCGCACUUUCCAAUAUUCAUGGUGGCAGUUAUCUGGGUCGAGUCAUCGGACGCCUGCUUCAUCCCACUGUUUUCUGGAACGCGAUCCUCAACACGCUUAAGCAAGGAGCACUUAAUGCUGAUGGCGAGGCCGCCGUUGGGUGGAUCUUGGUCCAGGUUUUAACAGUACCUUCCCCUGAGCUCGGCGACCGCGCGUGUUACCACGCCGCUGCGGAGGAUACCGUCGUCAUCGAUCGCCUGUUAAAAUCGAAAUCUCCAGAAGCGCGCAGGUACGGCUACAGCAUCAAACACCUCCGUGCAACACCUGACGCCGAUGAUGACGAGGCGGGGGGUCGUCACGAUAACGAUCAUGCCGAUUUUCGCAAGAUCGCCAUCCUUCCUACUCAUGAUGAGCUAGAGAGUGUCCAACCACCUUUUCUCCGGCAGGCGACUUACUUAAACAACGACCGGGACAACGAGAUUCAUCCUCAGAUCCAUUUUGACAAUCAGUUUGGCCUGCUUCGGGAAGACAUGCUCGGUGAAAUUCGUGAAGAAACCCAGAUUGCUUUGGGGAAGAAGAAAGGCUGGCGUCGGAGUGUGGCAGUUCCAGUUACCUUCGACGGAUUGUUCAUUCCGAAUGGUGGAGAACGCGGGAAAAUUGGGAUAAAACUCCUCUGCGAGACUGAUCUCGGGCAAUUUAAGAAGGUCGGCGAUGAUCCCAAAAAGAGGAAAACCUAUCUCCGAGAAAACCGAAAUUUCGCCAAACACUUGUCCCUCACUUGCCUCAUAGUCGAGGAUCGCAUUCUAUCGUUCCCUACACUUUACCGCGAGGAAGACCAACUAGCGAAGUACCCACCUGUUUUGGUCGUUGGAUUGGAUGAUAAAGAAGUCGCUGCAAGGACCUUCUUUGCUUUGAAGACGAGCAAGAACGCCAAAUUAGCUUUUAUUGACUGCGCUGUCUUCGCUUACGAGCCAAUCCUGGUGUCACUUCAACGAUUGCUCCCCUCCCAGCUUGUGUUGGAGGAAGAAAUUCUCCAGUGGUAUCCUGGAAGGCCACUCCGGGAACCCACUUCCUUUUCACAUGUCAGCAAUCUCAUUCACCGUCUUCGCCUCGAUCCUGGGUGUUUGAAGUCUGCUCUGUCCUUGGAUAAACCAGUGACGCUUGAUGCCUCUCAGAGUGCUUCUUUCAUCGCUAGCCUUUCGCAGAGAUUAAGCCUGAUCCAAGGACCACCAGCCAUUUGUUGUGAAGGGACGGGAAAGUCGUUUAUUGGUGCCUUGUUGGUAAAAGCCCUUUAUUCCUACACCAAUGAGAGAAUUCUUGUUUUUCUGGAAGAUCUCAUGAAGAUCGGGAUCCCAUCACAACAGAUUGCGAGGCUUGGAGGAAAAGCGAACCCCGCGACGGAAAAGCUUAAUCUUCACGAUGAAGCGAAAAGGACUUACAAGCGUACUCCCAACGACUGGGGCGACAUCAGGGGAGCAGAACACGACGUCGGGAAUCUCAGACAGUCGAUUCCCAGAGCGUUCCCCAGUGAUUGGCACAUGAACUCAACGCCAUCUGAUAAAGCCCUUCUUGAGCUUUUGGAAUUCGAGGACCCAGAGUAUUACCGGGCGUUCUGUCUCCCAGCCAGCGAUGACGGAAUGCAAACGGUUGCUGGAGGAAAGACGAUCGGUCGCGAUUACUUGCUUAAACAAUGGAAGGCUGGAAGGGAUGCUGGAGUUCUUUCGUCUCAUCCUCAUAUCGAGUCUUAUGGUCGAGUUUGGAGUCUUCCCCCGCCCCAACGACAAGAAAUAUUGCGCAAAUGGUUUGACGUACUGCUUAGGGAAGAAGUUCAGCAACUUAGCAAGAUGAUCGUUCAACACGACGAGGCAAUAGAUAGAAAGGAAGCUGUCUUUUCGCGGGGACAUGCUGCCGUUAUGAAUACAAAACGCAUCAUCGCAGCAACUACGACGGGCGCCGCAAAAUACCGAGACGACAUCAAAGCCUCGUCUCCAGAUGUGCUGCUCGUAGAGGAGGCGGGAGAGAUUCUUGAGAGUCACAUCAUUAGUGCUAUGGGGGGCUCGAUACACCAAACGAUCUUGAUCGGCGACCAUAAGCAGUUACGGCCGAAAGUGAAUGAUUACAAACUGACUGUCGAGAAGGGGGAAGGGUACGAUUUGAACAGAUCGUUAUUCGAACGCCUUGUUCUCAAAGGCUACCCUCACCAUACACUUCAGGCGCAACACCGCAUGCGUCCGGAAAUAUCACGUUUCGUUCGUGAAAUGACAUACCCUGGUCUCUUAGACGCACCGAAGACGUCCGGACGUCCUGAUGUUCGGGGUCUCCAGGCGAACGUGGUCUUCAUCGAUCAUCACCAUCCUGAAGGCGGUCAAGAUCAAAACGAGGAUCGUAGCAAGGCCAACUCCUUCGAGGCCGAUAUGGUCUUGAAAAUCGUCAAAUACCUCGGUCAGCAAGGAUAUGGAACGGACAAACUUGUCAUUCUGACCCCGUACUUGGGACAACUGAGCUUGCUGCGAAACUUGUUAUCGAAGACUCACGACCCUGUAUUGAACGAUCUUGACUCAUACGAUCUUGUUAAGGCCGGUCUGAUGACUGAAGCGACGGCGAAGGCAGCAAAGAAACGGGUUCGUCUGGCCACAAUCGAUAAUUACCAGGGAGAGGAGAGCGAAAUCGUUGUCGCAAGUUUGACCCGAAGCAAUAAGAAGCAUGAUAUCGGAUUUAUGUCUGCACCAGAGCGAUUGAACGUUCUCCUCUCUCGCGCUCGCGAUGGUUUGAUCAUGAUUGGCAAUUCGAACACAUUUCGGCACUCUCGCAAGGGAUCAGAGACUUGGGAACCCUUUUUCCGGCUCUUGCAGGAAGGGAAUAACUUGUAUGAUGGUUUACCGGUGCUGUGUUCCCGUCAUCCAGAUCGAGCAGCUUUACUUCGCUCGCCUGGAGACUUUGAGAUAUAUUCGCCCGAGGGCGGUUGUCUUGAACCAUGUGGGAAAAUUUUGAACUGCGGGAAUCACCCUUGCCCCUCGAAAUGUCACCAGUUAGUUGACCACUCCAAAAUUAAAUGCCGAACAAAAGUCGUCACGAAAUGCACGAAAGAUCACAAGGUCCACAAAGAAUGCUACGAUAAAAACGCGAUCGCAAAUUGUCCUUCCUGCAAGCGCCAGAAGAAGCAGACAGAAGAAGCCGCCAACCGGGCAGCCGAACAAGCUGCUCAUGAUGAGAACAUGGCUGAGCUUGAUGCGGAGCUCGAAAGACAGUUAAGGGCUGCACAAACUCAAAAAGCUACCCAAGAACGAGCUGCAGCCCUGGAGCAGAAACGACAGGACAUACAGGAAGCCUCUUCUCGCAGUCAACCACCUGUGACAGGUCCACCCGCACCGGACCCACCUGCGGCGCCAGCUGCUUCAUCAACGAAUCCAUUCAACCUAAGAGAUUCUAUCUCCUCCAUUAUCUCGUCGAUAGCACCGACGUCCAUCUUCGGGUCCAAGCUAAGUCUGACGAAAAACAAUGAAUCCGCCGCCAAAGUGGCACCCUCUGCAUCCCAGCAGGAAUGGGAGCGCCAGAAAAGCAUCGAAGGGGCCAAGAACCCGCAUAUCGAUGAGAUCAUGGGUAUGAUCGGAUUGGAAAAGGUUAAGGGGCACGUACUUGGCCUCAAAGCGGAGUUAGAAGUAAGUUUGCGGCAGGGCAUCUCAAUGGAGAAGAAGAAUCUUAACGCCGCCUUUCUGGGCAACCCCGGAACUGGGAAAACAACGAUCGCUAGAUUAUAUUCCAAGUUCUUAUCGUCCAUGAACAUCUUGCCAGGGACUCAUUUCCACGAGACUUCAGGUUCGAGCUUAGCACAUGAAGGUAUUCCUGGGCUGAAGAAGGCAAUCGAUGAGGUCUUGAAAGCGGGCGGCGGGACAAUUUUCGUUGAUGAGGCCUACCAGCUUACAGAUGCUCAUAAUCCGGGCGGACGUGCUGUUCUUGAUAACCUCCUCACUCUGAUGCUGGAUAAUAUCGGCAAGAUCGUUUUCUUGUUUGCUGGAUACAAAUCUAAUAUGGAGAAGUUCUUUGAGGCCAACCCCGGCCUACCAUCUCGCAUUCCAUAUUCAAUACUCUUUGAAGAUUAUGAAGAUCACGAACUAAUACGAAUCUUCAUCCACGAAGUCUCCAAGAGGUAUUCGGGGAGAAUGUCUAUUGAAGGAGGUGAUGCUGGGCUUUAUGUACGUAUCGCCAUUCGGAGACUCGCAGCAUCGCGGGGAAGGGAUGGGUUUGGAAAUGCCCGUGACGUCGCCACGCUACUUGAUCGAGUUAAGCAGCGCCAAGCUGAGCGCAUCACACGCGAGCGGCGCGAAGGUAACCGCCCUGACGACUUUCUGUUUACACAAACCGAUCUCAUUGGUCCGAGGCCUGAUGCGGCUGUGAAGACUAGCAAGGCAUGGGAAAAACUACAAGGCUUGAUUGGUUUGGCGGAUGUCAAGACCACACUCAAAAGUCUCAUCGACACCAUCCAAACCAACUAUGGGCGCGAACUUGCGGAGAAGGCAUUGGUUCAAACAUCCUUGCACCGUGUCUUUUUAGGUAAUCCUGGGACGGGGAAGACUACAGUCGCCAAACUCUACGGCCAGGUCCUGGUGGACCUAGGGAUGUUAUCCAACGGGGAAGUGAUGGUGAAGACGCCGGCUGACUUCAUUGGCGAUGUGAUUGGGGCGUCUGAGGCGAAAACCAAGGGUAUCUUGGCGAACAGUCGGGGAAAGGUGCUUGUCAUCGAUGAAGCGUAUGGCCUAUACGAGAAGAACAGGGGAUGGUCUAAUAGCUUCAAGACUGCGGUCAUCGAUACUAUCGUGGCUGAGAUCCAGCCAAAUCCUGGAGAGGAUCGUUGUGUAUUGAUGUUAGGUUACAAGGAUCAGAUGCAGGAAAUGUUCCAGCAUGUCAACCCUGGGCUCUCACGUCGCUUCGCAAUUGACGACGCAUUCGUCUUUUCCGACUUCACCAAGGAGGAACUUGCACAAAUCCUGGAUCUCAAGUUGAAAGAACAAGACCUAAUUGCGACUCCGAAAGCGAAGUCUGUGGCGCUUGAGAUGCUAGAGCGUUCUCGGGUUCGCCCUAACUUUGGGAACGCUGGUGAGGUGGAUAAUAUGCUUGGGAAGGCUAAACUACACUAUCAGAAUCGACAAUCUCACCUUGAGCCCUCUGAGCGUCCAAUCGAUAUCAUACUGGAGCCAGAAGACAUUGACCCCGACUUCGACCGCUCGGAUAGUGCAGAGAAAAACCUAGAAACUUUGUUCCGAGGGAUGGUCGGUUCGGACGUGAUUGUGGAGAAGCUUCGAGAAAUCCAGCGUAUCUGUCAGCUGACAAGAGGUCGAGGCAGGGAUUCACGUUCCGAGGUGCCGACAUCCUUUGUUUUUAGGGGUCCUCCAGGGACAGGAAAAACUAGCGUGGCGCGGAAGAUAGGGCAAGUUUACUAUGACAUGGGUUUUCUUUCGUCUCCCGAAGUCGUUGAGUGCUCAGCUUCGGACUUUAUUGGCCAGUACGUAGGGCAUACCGCGCCUAAAACACGGGACAUGUUUGAUAAGGCGCUGGGGAAGGUUCUCUUCAUUGAUGUGGCUUACCGACUAGGCGACGGACAGUUUGCGAAAGAAGCUAUCGACGAGAUAGUGGAUUGCUUAACAAAGGAGAAGUAUCAAGGGCGGCUGAUUGUCAUACUUGCCGGCUAUGAGCACGACAUCAAUAGACUGCUCGGCGCGAACGCGGGUCUGGCGAGCCGCAUAACAGACGAGAUCACAUUUUAUCCCCUGUCACCAGAAAAAUGUGCCGAACUGCUCAUCGGGGAGCUCAAGGGCGCACAGGUCCAAAUCCACUAUCCACCCGACAUGGACGGGGGAUUGCAACUAAUUGAGCACUUCUCUGCUUUAGCAUCUCUGCCUCAGUGGGGCAACGCUCGUGAUGUAAAAACGCUGGCGAAGCGCAUCAGAUCCAAAGCACUGCUGGGAUGGAAUGGGGAUCCGGGCGCUCAAGACUUGAAAAUACCAUUGUCUACAGUCAUUACCCUCAUGGACGACAUGUUAAACUCAAUGGUUUCUCGGUGUCAGGACAGGAUUCCCCACGCCACCGCUCCUCCAAUCCGACCACCCAUAUCGCCCAUGCCCUUGCAAGAGAACGCGCCUGCGCCGCCGUGCGACAGCUCUGCUUCUAGAGAUUCAAAGGCUCCCCGGUCAGUGCCCCCAGCCCCCAACGAACCGAAAACCGUGGAUACAGAGUCUGAUGUCCAGGAGAGGGAUCCUGGGGUCAGUGAUGUCACCUGGGGUCAGUUGGUGCGAGACAAACAAGCCGCCGCCGAACGAGAGGAAGCUCUUCGUGACCUGGAGGAGAAGCGAUCAAGGGACGAAGAGGAAGCACGGGACCUUGAAGAAACAGCGAUGAAGGCAGCGAAACGUCUGGAGGAAAACCAAAACUCUCAGAAAGACAAAGCCUUGAAAGACGCCACUCGUCUUCGCGCAGAGCAGCUUCGGCUUAAGGCGAUUGCCAAGCGAGCUAGAAUCGCCGAGUCAGAAUCCGCUCUCAAGAAGAUGCGCGAGGAGGCACAGAAGGAAAGUAAGGUGCAACAUAAACUGCGCCAGAUGGGAGUGUGUGUUGCCGGUUUCCGUUGGAUCAAGCAGAACGGUGGCUACCGUUGUGCCGGUGGGAGUCAUUGGGUUAGUGAUUCGCAAUUGGGAUGUAAGUGACGCGCACGGUGUGAAAGGGUUCCAUUUGUUCGGUCAGUGCAGCACCGCGUAAUUGCAAUGAAUUGUCUUGUCCGUUCGGAAGUAAAAAAGAAUAGUGACAUAUAGGGUAUCUACAUGCAACACAACAAAUAGUAAUAACGUUU